AUUGGGCUAGAGGGACCACUACUAUAAACAUACCAAAGUCCCGACGCGAGAAGAAGACCAAGUUGCAGCCAUCCACGGCCGACUUUGGUAACUUUUUUCCUCACUGUUUUUUAUGAUCCGCGAAAACAACAACAAGCAAAACGGACGAAAAAAACAAAAACGUGGAGGAUUUGAAGCAGCGACAGGACCGACUUUUCCUUACGCUGAAAGUGGCCCUCGUAUGAUUCAAGAGUCUCGGGGUUUUUCGUUCUUCUACAUCGGAACUUAUUCCCAAGAACAAAACGAUAUGUGGAAUAUUAUCUGUUGGCUGUGAGGUUCACCGCCUUCGAGCAAAGCGGGGAGCAGAACACGGCAUGUAGCGCAGGAUUAAGGCACCCGUUCAUCCUCUUCUUCCUCAUCGUCCUCCUCCUCCCCUCCGGACAUCUUUGGGAAUGGGCCAGAGUCUUGCCAGGGUGCAUCUUUCCACCCGGUGGUGUGGCUGGCGUCGCGCAAGAGUGAGGAGGGCAGCGGCCAGGUCAUAGAGCCUGCCCACCCCUCUCUCUGCUUGCUUGUGACUUUUGACCUUUGACUCAGCUGUGACCUCCUGCCAGCCAUGCCCUUCCGGCUGAAGCUGCGGCGCACGCGGCGCUACAACGUCCUGAGCAAGAACUACUUUGUGACACGGAUUCGCCUGCUGGACAGCAAUGUGAUUGAAUGCACUCUGUCAGUGGAGAGUACGGGACAGGAAUGUCUGGAGGCAGUGGCCCAAAGGCUGGAGCUACGGGAGACCCAUUACUUCGGGCUGUGGUUCCAAGGAAAGACCCAGGCCCCGGCCCAUCGCUGGGUGGAGCUGGAGAAACCCCUCAAGAAGCAGCUGGACAAGUUUGGCAAUGAGCCACUGCUCUUCUUCGGAGUCAUGUUCUACGUGCCCAGUGUUUCCCGGCUGGAGCAAGAAGCCACCAGAAACAAGGGGAUGCUGCUAUCUGCGGAUAAAUGCUGCUGGUAUCAGUAUUACCUGCAGGUGAAGAAGGAGGUGUUGGAUGGACGUCUUCACUGCACAGUAGAGCAGGGGAUCAGACUAGCUGGCCUAGCAGUGCAAGCUGACUUUGGAGACUUCACGCAUUUCAUGUCUCAGGACUUCCUCAGGGAGUAUGUGCUCUUCCCAGUGAACUGGCCGAAUGGAGACGAGGUGCUCGAAGAGUGGACCCAGAAAGUCGCCGAGGAGCACAAGAGUCACUGUCGAAUGCAGACUGCUGAGGCAGAGCUGCUGUACAUCAAGGAGGUGGAGAAACUGGACGGCUUUGGGCAGGAGAGCUUUCCUGCAAAGGACAACUACACCAACGAUAUCUUCAUCGGUGUGUCCUUCAUUGGGGUGUUUGUCAAACACAGAAAUGGCAGAUCCAUCAUGCUCCACAAGUGGAAGGACAUUGGUACGAUAGCGCACAACAAGUCAGCCAUCACAGUGGAGAUAACAAGCAGAGACGACACCAUCAUUUUUCACAUGGAGGAUAUGGAAAUGGCCAAGUACAUCGCUCGUCUUUUCACGGCCAGACACAAAUUCUACAAACAGAACAAGAUCUGUGCUGAGCCCACUCACUCACCUGCACCAAUAAGGAGGAGACCUACUUGGACCCAUCGCCUAUCUCUGCCGCGGCCCCAGUCCUGUAACUUCCAGUCAAUGCAUUCCCAGUAUGGAGAGCAUUAUCAGGACACACAGAGCUCCCAAGACAGUAUCUUCCAUGAUGACCCCUACUACAAGUCAGAGACGAGCCUGGACCGCUGCCCGGUGGACUUUCCUUUUCGGAACGGUACCGUGCCCAAUGGAAGCAUGUACAGCAGCCCCAGCCUGAGCUCGCUCAAUCAGUCCCAGACUUUCGUCCCACCCUCUCCCAUGUCUUCCAACCUCAGCAUCCCUGGUAGUGAGCUCAUGCGCCCUGACUACAUCCCCAGCCACCGCCACAGCGCCAUCAUUGCUCCGUCCUACCGGCCCACUCCUGAGUAUGAUGCUGUCAUGCGGCAGAAGCAACGCAUGCUCCCCGCUCACCAUGACCUCCACAGCCAAUCGCUGCGCAGUCUGAACAUCAGCAAUGCAUGUGCUUACCGCCAGCCGGAGGCUCUGGUGUAUAGCCAGCCAGAAAUGAGGGAGAGGGGCCCUUAUCAUGGCCUGGGGCCUAGCCCGGGACCUUACGCCAAACAGAUCAGCUACAGUAAGCCAGUGUCCCAUGGCCCUCAUCAGGGAGGACCUGCCAGCAGCCAGGGCCCUUGUCACUCACCCUGCGUUAAUGGAGGUGGAGGCGGUGGCGGGGUUGGAGGUGUAGGAAGCUCCAUCUCUCACACGGUCAGCACGCCUGAGCUGGCGAAUACCAAACAACAGGGGAACAAUGCGGGAAGCUAUGCCGCUACAGCUAACAUGCUGAGAAACCACAUGUCACGCCCUCCUCCACCUUACCCUUCCAGCUCCUUCCGCCCGGCCACCAGCACGCCAGACCUGGCCAGCCACCGCCACCGGUGCAUGGGGGGCAGCAGUCCAGAGCUGGUGACCCGCAUGGUGCAGCUGUCGGUCAAGACCUUCCAGCCGGACAGCUCGGCCGUGGUGCACCAGUCCCUUCAGGAGGUUAGUGAACCACUAACUGCAGCUGCUAAGCACCGCUCCACCCUGGGAAAGAGACACAGCAUGGAGGUGAUCAGCAGCAUGAGAGGAGGUGGAGGAGGAGGGAUGGAGGGCAUUGUGAUGAAGAGCAUAAAUGCUCCCCUGCAUCGGAGGAAUACUCUCAGAGAACAUGUAAUGCCGCCUCAGCCUCAGUCCAUUCCUCAGCCCCAGCCUCAAACCCCUCAGCCUCAAACCCAGCCUCCACCUCAGCAGCUACAGGAGUUGCCCAUGCAGAUGACUGCUGAGAAAUCACCUGAGUCUUCUGUAACACCAUCUGGGGCAGAGGCCUAUCAGCAUCAAAAGACUCUCUCUAAUGCUACCAUGCUCAUACACAGUAGUGAGAGUGAAGAGGAAGAGGAAGAGGAGAGGCCUGAGCUGGAUGUUCAAAUCCCAGGUCUCAAUGAGGACAUCAGCAUUAGCGCUCAGCUCCAGGCUGCUCUGGCCAAGCUGCCUAACAAACCCCCUCCAGAGUACCCUGGUCCUCCUAGACCUCCUAGUAAUGCUCAAAUCCGCACCCACAGUCACAAUCACACUCACCACCACAACCAUAAUCAAGGACUGCAGAGCAACCAGGGACCAAUGGACCCAAACCAAGCCCAUGGCCGAGCGCACAAAGCUGGGCAGAGCCCAGGGGGCGGCGGGCCUGGAUGUGGUGGUGGUGCAGGUGGUGGUGGGACACUGACCCGAGGGGACCAGGGUGGGGUGAAUGGGGGUGUUUUAGGUCCAUCCAUUUCAGAACCAGACCUGACCAGUGUGAAGGAGAGGGUGAGGAAGGAGCCGGUCAAAGAGAGGCCGGUGUCGGAGAUGUUCUCCUUAGAGGACAGCAUAGUGGAGCGGGAAAUCGCUCAGAGGACGCUGGAAAGACAGAAGAUGUCUGUGGACUCCAUGAAGAGGCCGCUGAUGAUGGCUGCGCUCAACGGACUCUACGUGGCCCGAAUGCCUGUCGCCGAGAGUCCUGCAGACGAAGGGGCCAAGGCUGCGACUGACGAACGGUGUAAGACCUUGGAGUUGAAGCUGGAAGAGGAGCGGGUCUUCACUGAGUAUGAGCAGGUGCCCAAGAAGAGAGCAGACUGUGUUCUCACCACAGCAACUCUGCCCGAAAACACAGAGCGCAACCGAUUCCGUGACGUUGUUCCUUACGAAGAGAAUCGGGUUGAGCUCGUGCCAAAUAAAGAGAACAACACGGGCUACAUCAAUGCCUCGCAUAUCAAGGUGAUGAUCAGAGGGGAGGAGUGGCACUACAUUGCCACCCAGGGCCCGCUAGCCAACACCUGUGCCGACUUCUGGCAGAUGGUUUGGGAGCAGGGGGUCAACGUCAUCGCCAUGGUUACUGCUGAGGAGGAGGGUGGCCGAUCCAAGAGUCACCGCUACUGGCCCAAACUGGGCUCCAAACACAACUCAGCCACUCAUGGCAAGUUUAAGGUGACCACCAAAUUCCGCACCGACUCAGGCUGCUACGCCACCACGGGGUUAAAGGUCAAACAUCUGCUGUCUGGCCAGGAGAGGACAGUCUGGCACCUGCAGUACACUGACUGGCCUGAGCAGGGCUGUCCCGAAUAUGUCCAGGGAUUCCUCUCCUACCUGGAGGAGAUCCAGUCUGUAAGGAGACACACCAACUCCAUGCUGGACACCUCAAAGAGCCUCAAUCCUCCCGUAGUGGUUCACUGUAGUGCCGGGGUGGGACGCACCGGAGUGGUCAUCCUCACUGAGCUCAUGAUCAGCUGCCUGGAGCACAAUGAGCCCGUGGAGGUUCCCACCAUGUUGUCAGGGCUGAGGCAGCAGAGGAUGCUGAUGGUGCAGACCAUUUCCCAGUACACGUUCGUCUACCAGGUCCUCAUUCAGUUCCUCAAGAACUCCCGUCUCAUCUGAGCCCGUGUGUGCUGACAUUUGUACCCGCGUUGCAUAAUGGCACCAGACAACAACAAUGGUACUUCACACGAGGACUGUGCAACAGGAGCGGGUAACUGACAGUUGGAUGCAGAUACGGAGAUUCACGUUGAGUUUUCUAUGUGGCAGUUUAUGGAAAUUCUGGUGGAUUUUCAUACUAACUCACCUCAAAGGAGGAAAGGAUUUGCGUAGGCCUGUACAAAAAUUGACGACCAUUUCUUCUAAUAUGCGUAUGUAGUUAUUCCCCCCCCCCCCCCCCCCCCCCCCUCCCCCCGGGUUUAAUUCUUGGACGUGGUCCUUCUGUUGAACGUAUGUACGUUUUACCCCAAACAAGUGUUUGUGUGUUCUUUAGAUUUCUUGACAAAUAUCUUUAAGAAAUCUAACUUCAGUUUCAUUUUGGAUAGAUUGCCUGCCUGCUACAUUUCUCGUUAAUUAUUUAGCCAUUAUGAGAAAUGGCACUAUGCUGCAUGAGCAGUCAGUGGCAGCAGUAGUAUUACUAUUUUCUAUACUCUGAAAGAGUUUGCCAAACAAAAGUAUUCCUUAAAUCACUGUUCUAAAAUGUUGCUUUUAUUUUCAACAGAGUAUUGAUUAAUACAGCAAAUAUUUACUUCAACAUUGUAACAAAUGUUUUUAUUUAUUUCUAUCAAGAUUGUGGUCACCUUUGCCACUGAACAGAGCAUUAACAAGCAUGUUGAUCCUUGCCCUGUCAAUUUUGUUUCAUCUUUGAACUUGUCUUCAUUUUUACACAUUUUUCAGAAAGCCUUCUUUGUCAAUGUCAAUAGAGUCUUUCCCAGUUUCCUUGAUUCAUUUCUAUUGAGAUCCUCCUCCACAUGCAAACACACAUAAACAAGCAACGUGCAUUUUAAUGCUGCAGCCCCUUAUGAUCAAAUGUGUCUGAUCACAAAAUCUUACCGAAAUGCAUUUCAAAAGUCUAAAAAAGUGUUUAUUCAAUGAAUUAGAGAUAAUUCAUAAAUGUAUCAUUUCACAGCUUGUAGUAAAUAGCGAAAUGUAUCUCGAUACUGUAUACACUGAAUCAUUGUGCCUUAUUAAAACAUGAACCAGUAGAAGCUGACGGACCUAUCUUUGUUUUAGGUUCUGGAUGGGUUUGGUAAUCAAUAUUAAAUCUUUAAAUUGGUAUUUAAUAGUUUUUCUGAUAAGAACAACUAAAACAUUUCAUAUAAUUUACCUAACUCCCGUUUAAGGAUUUGACAGAAUACUGAUUUUUAUUUUAUUUUUGUAAAGGAGAAUAGUAUAAAAGUGACACGAAGAUAUGCAGCCUUUAGUAUCUGAUCCAAGCCCAAUAGAUUACUAUGUUGCAAUGUUCCUUGAUUCAAUUCAUACAAAUUACACACAAGAAUUUCCUUUUUAAAUGUUACCUUAAAUAUGUUUUAUUUUAAUUUUUCUGAAUUGUGAUGCAAAGCCAGCCGAGUCCAAAGUGACUUUGUACAUAAUGGGCAUUCUACAAAUGUUUUAUAUAGUUUCUUUUUUUGACUUGGUACCCUAAAAAUACCGCAACAUAAUAAACUAUGCAUGCAUUUUUAUAUUUUAAUGUAUAUAUUCUCAAAUAAGUAAAAGCUUUAUGCUCUCUUGACAUAUAAGUGUUUUGUUGCACUUCUGUUCUUCGUGACAGUAUUUCCUCACACGGCAUUCCACUGUUUGUUGAUAUUUAAUUUUUCCCCUUAAUUCUCUUUUGGCAAAACUCCCAAAUACCUUUCAAAGUUUGUGUACAUAUGUUUUGUAUAUGCGUUUUCAGUGCAUCAAGCCGUUUGUUUUUCUGUCCCCAGACAUGUAUGAAGCUGUCGUACUUGCUUAUUAUGCAAUAAAGCCUUAUUUUCUUUAA